AUGAUCUCGCUCGCGAAUCAGCUGCAGCUCCGGCGCUCGCAAGACGACGCGGCCGAACCCGAUCCCGAGACAAACCACCUCAUUCCUGCUCCGCGGAAGCGCCAGCAUCGUGUCCGAGUCCAAGGCCGAUUGGCGGUCGUCCGCAGCGUUUCCACCGUGAAUCUGCGGCCCGCCGCCUCGGUGCUGCCAUCCCCGGUCCGCUCGAGCGGGACGACGACGACGACCCCGGCGACCCCAAGAUUCGAGUCAGGCGUGGCAGGGAGCACGGUUCCGCCCGUGAGACGGAGGAGGAGUUUGGACGAUGCGGAUAGCGAAACCGAGGAGGAGCAUGACGUGAAGGAGACGGCGGUGAGGGAUCGUCAAUUCAGGGGGACGGCCGACCGAAGUCUACGGCUCGACGAAAUCGACAUCUUCUUCCACAUCAUCGCGAUUUUCGACGUUUCAUUCAGGGCCGUCGGAGGGGUCCGACAGGAGAGCGUGGUUACGGGAACUCUUUGGACGGAGCGAAGCCCGAAAGGGCAAGGGAGUUGCGGCGUGACGGCGAUCAACACGGCCACUGAUGCACGUAAAAUCUUGCUGUAA